AAAACGAGAAGAUUUGCAAUCGGCUGUUUUUUUCCUAAGCUAUUCGCAGUCUUCGAGCAGGAUCUACGGAUAGUAGUAGCGUCGAGCUGAAGCUUCACCUUCAUCGAGCUAGCAUUUCGAUCUCUGUUAGCAACAACAUUUAGCUGGAAGAUUUUCAUCUAGAGCUCUGUAAGAUGCCGAGAAGAGGAUCAUAUCACAGGAAAGCAAAGGCAGGAAGAUCCAAAUAUGUUGAACCAUUGAUGGUAGGAAUGAAUUCUACCGAUUCUGAAGUUCAGCGACCCAACAAUAUUGCACCAUGCAACGAUGGAGUGUUUCCUUUCCAAUCUGAAGUUCAGCGACCCAACAAUAGUGCACCAUUCGACGAUGGAGUGUUUCCUUUCCAAUCUGAAGUUCAGCGACCCAACAAUAGUGCACCAUUCGACGAUGGGGUGUUUCCUCCCCAACAUGAAGUUUGGCGAUCCAACUAUAUUGCACCAUACGACGAUGGAAAGAGUUCUAUCUAUGAAUCUAAAUCAAUCGAUCAUUGGAAUGAUGAUUAUGAUGAAAGUAGAUGGAAUAAUGGACGAGGAUACGGCUACUGGACUUCGGACUCAGAGGACAACUACCCACCUCCUGACUUCACAACUGGACUCGCACCUCCUGAAGACGACGCAACUGUGCUGACAACUGCUGAGGCACCUUCCAACGAGGCCACACAUGUUGUCACACCUGUUUACACACCUGCUGAAGAUCUGAACUUUAAAUCCAUCCAUUCGUUAAAAUCUAAUCCGGAGGAAAAAGAGAAGAAAAUUCCGCACUUCCAGAUGAAGAAUACGAUAUCUCACAUAUGCAAUGAAUUACAAGAGUAUGAAACAUUUCAAGGUAAGGAGUUAACAAGACAUCGUCACACGCCGAAAGGUUGCAGCUCUUGUAUUUCGACCAAAUUCGAAAUCAAAAGCGACGGAACAAAGACUUGGGAGAUAGUUCUGUCAAGUACGCAGAAGCUUUCAAAUAGUUCUGUUAAUGCCGCCAUCAACCAUGUAGAACAAGUUCUGAAGACGUCGCAGGGCCCGGAGGCUCGGACCUUGGGCAAUAUUUCUGGAGCCUCCGACAGCCAAAAGAUUGAGGUUCGCCACACCAGGAACUCGGAGAUGACGCGUCAUGAUUAUGAAAUCGCAAUCUUUGAAAGCAAGGGUGAAAUAAACCAUGAAGGUUCAGCUAAGGCUGUGAUCGACUCUCCCCAGAUAACUCCAACCCCUAAUCCGUGUAUAACCAAGGCAGACGUCACUCAGCGAAACAUUCCUCACCCUGCACCAUCUCAUGCCGAGAGAAAUGUAGAAGAUUCAUGCGUAGAAAAUUAUAAGUCGUGGAAGGAGUUUCGUGGACGGAGAGGAGGAGGCUGUAUGGGACACCAACGUGUAUCAUUUUGUUUCGAGGGAGAGACACCUGAUGCCUCGUAUGAGCUUGUUGACCGGCUUGGAUCCGUAGACAUCAAUAAGGCAGAAAGUGAACUCGUAGGACCUGGCUAUAGAGAGCCUCACCCUGUGAAAGCCAUCAGGGCCAAACGACUCCGUAAGGGAAGAGUGGAGUAUUAUGUCAAAUGGUUAAAUGAAUCUGGGUUUACACCGGCCACUUGGGAGCCACAUCAGAACUUUCGAGAUUGUGAAUGCCUCGAAAUUUUCGAGAAGAAAUGCGCUGCUUUCAUUGCAGCGGACAGAUUGAAGGUGGCAGGAAAAGAUCGGGGCACUUCAAACUUCAAAGUCAAUACCAAUGCAGGAGAUCGGCGAUCAUGGGAACCCGAAGAAUCAAAUUAAUGUCCACGAUGUUGCUUGUCACUGCGCACACAUGAUCUGCCCAUCCUAUUUUCUACUUUUUUGCUUCCCUUCAGCUGUUAUUUGUUUGUGGACCCCAUUCCUCGCAGAAAAAUUGAUACAAGCUAAAACUUCGUCUUAGUAGUAUCUUUGACCGCCAUACACCCACUGCACUCAGAGGAGCACACAUACAGUCUUAAUGCUAAGUGUAUCAAUUUGUUUUGUUUGAUAAUGGAACUUUUUUUCAUCGCUACUUUGUAACAGAUGGGCAAUUUCAUAAAAUGGA